CCGUUUCCCACGGAAGCCCCUCCCUGUUAGCCGUUAGCUCGGUAGCCGGACAGCAGCUGGAGAAGCCGGGAAACGGAGCAGAGAAUCCAGAAGAACUGGAGGACAUGAUACCGGCCGAGGAGUACAGAGGACCGCGGUGACCGGACAGCGAGCCUCCUGCCGCAUUAACUCGCUUCCUGGUGCGUUAAAGCGGCAGAAAGCGUCCGAGGAGCGCAGGAAAAACUGGGAACCCCCUGCGAGUAUCCCGGCGCUCCUCCGCCGCUCCAUCGGAGCUUCGUACCCGGAGAAAAGACGGCCAUGCUAUCAGUGUCCGCUAAUCCACGCUGUUAAACACAAAGACUGAGAUCCAGGAUGGGGUUCGGUCGGGAUCUAAGGAAUUCCCACGAGGGAUUAUUGAAGCUGCAGGACUGGGAGUUAAAGCUGCUGGAGACGGUGAAGCGCUUCAUGACGCUGCGGGUGAAAAGUGAUAAAGAGUACGCCGCUCUGCUGCUCAGCAUGACACAGCAGAUGGAGAAACAAGAAACUGCUGACUAUGUCAGCACUGUGAGUAAGUCGUGGUCGCAGGUGAUUCGUCAGACAGAGGCGUUGGGUCGGAUAAUGAGAAGUCACGCCGACGAUCUGAACUCGGGGCCGCUGCACCGUCUCGCCACGCUGAUCCGGGACAAGCAGCAGGUGAAGAAGAGCUACCAAAGUCUUCAUCAGCAGCUGGAGAGCCACAUCCACAAGGUAACCAGGACUGACCUGGAUAAGCUGAAGGUGACGUAUCGUCAGUUGAGCCGUGAUGCCAGCAAUGCCAAAGAGAAAUACAGAGAGGCUGUGGCCAAAGGCCGUGAGGUGGAGCGUGCCCGCGACCGUUAUGACAAGGCUAUGGGGAAGCUCCACAACCUUCACAACCAGUACGUGCUCGCCGUGUGCAGCGCCCGGACGCAGCAGGAUGAACACCGGUGUCAUGCCGCACCCGCCCUACUGGACGCUCUGCAGAGGAUGCAGGAAGACAUGACACUUGCCCUGAAAAGUAUUCUUGAGGAGUACUGUGAGAUCAGCAGUCUUCUCUCUGAGGAGAUCGUGAAGGUCCAUCAGGAGAUUGCGGCGGCAGUUGAGCAGAUCGAUCCUCUUGCCGAGUAUCAGCACUUCAUCGACGCCUACAGGUCGCCGGAGACGCCGGAGGCAACUGUGGAGUUUGACGCGUCUCUUUUGGAGGAGACAGACAACCUGCCCAAUGAGAUUCUGUGGAACACGCUGACAGCCGAAAGCUUGAGAGCCAAGUUGUCGUCGGCAACAGAGGAGCUGGAGCUGACUCAGCAGAAUCUGCAGGGCAAGGAGGCGUUGGCUGACGACCUGGACAACAAAAUCCAGACAAGUCAGCAGAGCGCGGAGAGGAAGAGCGACUGCGUCCUGCUGCUCAGUCAGAAACUCUCUCUCCUUGAGCUACGGCAGGCCGUCCAAUCGCUGCGCAGCUCAGAGGCAAGCCUUGCCUCCCAGAAGGCCUUGCUCGACGCCAAGAUGGCAGAUGCUGCCGCUUCCCCUCCCCCGCCACCACCACCCGCCGCACUGCCAUACGAGGACGAUACUCGCUCUGUUGGAUCGACUGACAAAGUGAAGGACCGGGGAUCUCGAUUCGACACUCUUCGUCACUCUCUGGCCGGGAUGAUUCGAUCUCCCAAAGCAAUGCUGGGUUCCUCUACCUCGCAGUUCUUUGAUGUGAUCCCCACAUCGGAACGCCCUCUAGCGGAGCAAGAGUGGUACCACGGCGCCAUCCCCCGCAUUGAGGCUCAGGAGUUACUACGGCAACAGGGAGACUUUCUUGUUAGGGAAAGCCAUGGCAAACCGGGCGAGUACGUCCUGUCUGUGUUUUCUGACGACCAGAGACGCCACUUCAUCAUCCAGUAUGCUGAUAAUCAGUACCGCUUUGAGGGGACGGGUUUCACCACCAUCCCUCAGCUCAUUGAGCAUCACUUCACCACCAAGCAAGUCAUUACCAAGAAAUCUGGAGUCGUGCUGCAAAACCCCGUUGUAAAGGACAAGAAGUGGAUCCUGAACCAUGAGGAUGUGGUGCUGGGGGACCUGCUGGGGAAGGGUAACUUUGGCGAGGUGUACAAAGGGACUCUGCAGCGAGACAAAACACCGGUUGCCGUGAAAACAUGUAAAGAGGAUUUACCUCCAGACCUGAAGAUCCGCUUUCUGUCUGAGGCCAGGAUCCUGAAGCAGUAUGACCACCCGAACAUUGUGAAGCUGAUUGGUGUUUGUACCCAGCGACAGCCAAUCUACAUUGUCAUGGAGCUCGUUCCUGGUGGAGACUUUCUGUCAUUCCUGAGAAAGAAGAAGGAUGAGCUGAAGACCAAACAGCUGCUUCGCUUUGCAGUUGAUGCUGCGGCUGGGAUGGCGUACCUGGAGAGCAAAAACUGCAUCCAUAGGGACCUGGCAGCGAGGAACUGUCUUGUCGGGGAUAACAGCGUGCUGAAGAUCAGUGAUUUUGGGAUGAGUCGUCAGGAGGAUGAUGGCAUUUAUUCUUCUUCUGGACUCAAACAGAUCCCCAUAAAAUGGACUGCACCUGAGGCGCUCAACUAUGGUCGUUACAGCUCAGAGAGCGAUGUGUGGAGUUACGGUAUCCUCCUGUGGGAGACCUUCAGUCUGGGGGUAUGUCCUUACCCGGGGAUGACCAAUCAGCAGGCUCGAGAGCAGGUGGAGAAAGGUUACAGGAUGGCGUGCCCUCAACGUUGCCCUGAUGAUGUGUACAAAGUGAUGCAGCGCUGCUGGCAGUACAGCCCCGAGGACCGGCCCAAGUUCUCCGAGCUGCAGCGUGACCUUGCCGCUAUUAAGAAGAAGUGAUGAGGUUAUCACAGACACAGUGGUGGGUGUGGCCUAUCUGAGGACACUCCCUUAAAGUCUAAGAUCACCAAUCGCAGACUCCGAGAUCAAAACACACAACACUGCAUUACAGGAAGGAUGCCAGCCUUGAGUCAAGAAACUGAAUCAGUAAUUGAUCGAUCGAUCUACACUAAAUGAUAAACAAACAGAGUAAACAAACACUGAAUCAAUAACAACACUACAAACAAACAGAAGCUGCUAAAAUGUUUGUGCAAGCUUUUUUUUUUUAAUGAACUCAAAUAUUUUUAUUUUUUAGUUGAAAUGAUGUGAAAUCCCCUUCUGUUACAACGGCCACACAUCCUUCCCUUUGACCAUCAGCUCUGAACACUAAAUCUGUUUUAUUUAAUUUAUUUUUUUUAUUUCUGCCAUUAAUCUGAAGAAGCUUUUAGUGUGGAAAAUCUUAAAAUCUUAAAGAUCUAAAAGACAGAAACCGCUUGUUGUCGAUGUUGUCUCAGGAAACAUAACUGAGCCCCAUAUGUCAUUGAAAUCAGUUUAAACUUAAUUGGAAACACCAACGCAAACAAAACAAAAAUGUGUUCCAGCAAAAACUAAAAACACUAAAAAAUAAAAAUUUUUACGUCUUUAUUUUUAGGGGGCCAGGUUUCUCUGCACAUCACUGCUAAUUGGUUAAUAGCGCAUGAUGCACAGUUUCAUCACACAGACCACGCCCACAAGGUUAUUUUUGGGGUUUUUUCCCCAGAAAGUUUCUUUGACCAAACAGUUUGGAUUUUUAUCACCAGCACUUUGUAUAUUUUCUGGUUGCCAUGUGUUCACACUAAAAGAACUGUGAGUAGUGUUUGGUAAGCAUCACUUCUUGGACGUCAGAGCUGAGAGCUCCACCUACUGACUGUUACUGUAAAUACAAGUUUUUCUGAGUUCCGACACUAAUCGUCUUUAUAAAAUAUUAUUGUUGUACCUUUAUUAUGAAAAUAAACUGUAUGAAAAUAA